GAAUCAAAAAUUAAAGCAAGACAUAUUAUUUUUUAAAUAUGUUAAUUUUAUAAACAAAAAAAUAAUGAUAAGUUAUGAGUUAAAACUUCGGACAGAUUUGAUCACAAAGUAUACGCUCAUGAUAGCAGCCGGAUACCUGGUGUUGACGAUGUUUCAAUGUAUUAAUCAGAUGAACUACAUUGGAUCCAUUUACGCCAUCGGAGCAAUAAUAACAAAUAGAACAAGUCAUAUUCAUAGAGCAAUAUUCAUAACGGGAUUCGGAUGCAUUAUAGACAUAAUUCAUCUUAUUUUUCAUAGAUCUAAAUCGAGUUGGGUUUUUGUCAAAGUCAUUCAAUUUACUAUACAUCUUUUCGGUGCCGCAUUCGAGAUUGUGACUAUAGUGUCGUUGCAUUGCUACUGGAAAUACACCGAAGAAAUACAAAAACAACCUGAAAAAACAUGGGUUCAACAUAAAUUGGGGCAAGCAUUUUCCAUAUUUUCCAAAAAUUAAGUAUACAUAACUGAAUCAGCAUAUGACAUGUUAUAACCGAGUGAAGUGUAGUACAGUGUCGGUCGUCGGACCAGUUAUAGCAUCACCUGUACAAAUAUUUAUAACUUAUAAGUAAUAUAGAUCAAUA